AUGGCGUCGACGAUUCCUCCGAUUCCCACCGCCGACGACAAGAAGGCCGAUGUCAAAGUCGAUUACUCCAACCUCCCUUGUCCCAUUCCCUUCGAAGAGCUUCAUCGCGAAGCUAUGAUGUCGUUGAAACCUGAGCUUUUCGAGGGUAUGCGUUUUGAUUUCACCAAAAUGCUUAAUCAGAAAUUCUCUCUCAAUCACAGUGUUUCGAUGGGACCUACUGAGGUUCCCUCUCAGUCUGCGGAGAUUAUUAAAAUUCCAACUGCUAACUAUGAAUUUGGUGCAACUGUCAUUGAUCAUCCUAAGAUGUUGCUUAUGGGGAGAGCUUUGACUGAUGGCAGGGUAACUGCUAGAGUCAAGUAUGACUUGACUGAGAAUCUCACUGUAAAAGCCAAUGCUCAGCUAUCAAGUGAGCCACAUGCGUCGCAAGGGAUUGUCAACUUUGAUUACAAGGGAAAGGAUUAUAGGACCCAGAUUCAACUGGGAAAUGGAUCUUUGCUAGGAGCAAGUUAUAUUCAGAGUGUCACCAAUCAUUUAUCAUUGGGUGGGGAGGUAUUUUGGACUGGUCAGCAUCGGAAGUCUGGUGUUGGUUAUGCUGCUCGCUACAAUACUGAUAAAAUGGUUGCCACUGGACAAAUUGCCAGCACUGGAAUGGCCCUUCUAAGCUAUGUUCAGAAGGUAUCUGAUAAGGUUUCUCUGGCUACUGAUUUGAUGUGUAACUUCAACUCCAUGUCAAGAGACGUCACUGCUAGCUUUGGUUAUGACUACAUCCUUAGACAGUGCCGCCUUAGGGGAAAGGUUGAUUCCAAUGGCGUCUGUGCUGCAUUUUUGGAGGAGCGGUUAAACAUGGGUCUGAACUUCAUUCUUUCUGCCGAGCUUGAUCACAAGAAAAAAGACUACAAAUUUGGAUUUGGUUUGACAGUUGGAGAAUAA